GAAUUUUACACUGAAAUGGGAAGCCAUGAGGAAUGCACUCCAUAUGAGCAAAGAGUGAUAUGAACUGGCUUGUUUUAAAAGAAUCAUUCUGGAUGUCAAGUGAACAAAGGAGCAAGCAAGGUGAACCUUCAGGAGGCUGUUGUAAUCAUCUAAGUGAACAAUGGUGACUUGGAUUACGAUGGUAACAGAGAGGGCAUCAAUAAAUAAUUGGUGUGGGUAUUUUUAAAGGUGUAAUAAACAGGAUUUAUUGAUGGAAUUAGGUGUAAAAUGUGAAAGAGAAGAGUCAAGCAUGAUCUAAUAUCAAGGUAUUUUGGAAAUACAUUGGCAUUUGCUCAAAUGGGGAAGUAUGUGGAAGAACAGAUUUGGGGGAAGCUUGGGGGCUUGUUUUUGGUCAUAUUAAAUUUGCUAUGCCUAUUAAACAUCGAAGUGGAGAUGUUAAGUAGGCAGUUUGAGUUCAGAAGAGGGGUAUGAGUUGGAGAUAAGAGAUAUUAGUGAGGGAAGAUACUUUAGAGGCCUUAUCCAUGGGGCUCUGAGGUUUAUAGAUUAAAGAGGAUGAGAAGAAACUGGCAAAGGAGAGUGAGAAGGAGCAGUCAAUGAGAAAGGAGGAAUAAGAGUGGAAUAAGAGCCUCCAAGAGUCUGGGAGGCUGAGUGAAGAAUAGUUUAAGGAGAGUAAUUUUGUCAAAUGCUGAUAGGUGUUGUAAUGAUUAUAACUCACCACACUGUGUACUACCUGUUUGUGGGAAAUCUUCUAUUCCUAUUAUACUAUUACAUAGAGAAGCUAUUUCUAACAUCACCUUUAUUAUCAAAUGAAGUUCUGCUGCAGGGCACAGGGCACUGGACCGUUAGAUACAACAGCCGAAGGAAGGCCUGGAGAAGUGUCAGAUGCACAUCAGCGUAAACAGUUUUGUCACUGGCCCUGCAAAUGCCCUCAUCAGAAGCCCCAUUGCCCUCCUGGAGUGAGCCUGGUGAGAGACGGCUGUGGAUGCUGUAAAAUCUGUGCCAAGCAACCAGGGGAAAUCUGCAAUGAAGCUGACCUCUGUGACCCACACAAAGGGCUGUAUUGUGACUACUCAGUAGACAGGCCUAGGUACGAGACUGGAGUGUGUGCAUACCUUGUAGCUGUUGGAUGCGAGUUCAACCAGGUACAUUAUCAUAAUGGCCAAGUGUUUCAGCCCAACCCCUUGUUUAGCUGCCUCUGUGUGAGUGGCGCCAUUGGAUGCACGCCUCUGUUCAUACCAAAGCUGGCUGACAGUCACUGCUCUGGAGCUAAAGGUGGAAAGAAGUCUGAUCAGUCAAACUGUGGCCUGGAACCAUUACUACAGCAGCUUUCAACAAGCUACAAAACAAUGCCAGCUUAUAGAAAUCUCCCACUUAUUUGGAAAGAAAAAUGUCUUGUGCAAGCAACAAAGUGGACGCCCUGCUCCAGAUCAUGUGGGAUGGGAAUAUCUGAUAGGGUGACCAAUGAAAACGGCAACUGUGAAAUGAGAAAAGAGAAAAGACUGUGUUACAUUCAGCCUUGUGACAGCAAUAUAUUGAAGACAAUAAAGAUCCCCAAAGGAAAAACAUGCCAGCCUACUUUCCAACUCGCCAAAGCUGAAAAAUUUGUCUUUUCUGGAUGCUCAAGUACUCAGAGUUACAAACCCACUUUUUGUGGAAUAUGCUUGGAUAAGAGAUGCUGUAUCCCUAAUAAGUCUAAAAUGAUUACUAUUCAAUUCGAUUGCCCAAAUGAGGGGUCAUUUAAAUGGAAGAUGCUGUGGAUUACGUCUUGUGUAUGUCAGAGAAACUGCAGAGAACCUGGAGAUAUAUUUUCUGAGCUCAAGAUUCUGUAAAACAAAGCAAAUGGGGGAAAAGUUAGUCAACCCUGUCAUAUAAUAAAAAAAUUAGUGAGUAUAAAUGGUGGCAAAUCUGCUUUGUUUAAAACAGUAUGAAUGCCUGUUCUUAGAUCACUACAUUUAAGGCAUUAGAAGCUUUUAAAAAAAGAUAUCCUAAAAAUAUACAUAAAAUUUGAAAAACUUAAAAAUUGAACUCAUUUCUAAAAUAUAUCCUAUAAUUAUAUAAUAUGCAGACAUUUGAUACCAU